AUGGAUCACUCUGAGCAUGCUCUAAACCAUACAGUUCCUAACCAAACCACAGUAAAAACCAACUCCUCUAUGUCUUUGUACUUUGAGUCCUGUCAGCUGACUUCUCCAGCUUUAUUUAUUUUACUCACUGCCUACAUCAUAGUCAUAUUCGUAGGCCUUUUUGGAAACCUCUCACUCAUCAUCAUCAUUAUCAAAAAGCAGAGAGAAGCUAAAAAUGUCACCAACAUCCUAAUUGCCAACCUCUCCUUGUCUGACAUCCUGAUGUGUAUCAUGUGCAUCCCUUUUACAGUUGUCUAUACACUGAUGGAUUACUGGAUAUUUGGAAACGUCAUGUGUAAACUGACUUCCUAUGCACAGAGUGUCUCCAUCACUGUUUCCAUAUUUUCAUUGGUCUUAAUUGCUGUUGAAAGGUACCAGUUAAUUGUGAACCCCCGUGGCUGGAAACCCAACAUGUCUCAUGCCUAUUGGGCCAUCCUAGUGAUUUGGCUGUUUUCACUCCUGCUGUCGGUUCCCUUCUUCCUGUCCUACCACCUCACUGAUGAACCCUUUCUCAAUCUCUCCCUCCCCAAUGACCUCCACAUCCACCAGAUGGCCUGUGUGGAAGGCUGGUCCUCUAAAGUGAACCAGCUCCUCUUCACCACUUCCCUGCUCAUGCUCCAGUACUGCAUCCCCCUAGGUUUCAUCUUCAUCUGCUAUCUGAGGAUCCUCAUAUGCCUCCGUCGUCGGAGGAAUGGGAAGGUGGAAAGGAUGAGAGAGCAUGAAAGUAAGAGGAUAAACAUCGUGUUGAUCUCCAUUGUGGUGACCUUCGGGGCCUGCUGGCUACCCCUAAACAUCUUCAAUGCCAUCUUUGAUUGGUACCAUGAAGCCCUGAUGAGCUGCCACCACAACCUGGUAUUUGUGGUCUGCCACCUGGUUGCCAUGACCUCCACAUGUGUCAACCCUCUUUUUUAUGGCUUCCUCAACAAGAAUUUCCAGAAAGAUCUGUUAGUGUUCAUCCACCACUGCCGAUGCUUUGCACCUCGAGAGAAAUACAAAAAUAUUGCCAUUUCUACCAUGUACACAGAUGAAUCCAAAGAAUUUUUAAAAUUAGCUCCUAUCCCAGCAGCAGUCUAA